UACAGUAAAUAUUUGUGUUUGCUCAACCGGCUGUAAUGGUGGACGACUGAAGCAGACAAACGGAAUACAACUAGAGUGAAGAAAGAGAGGAAAAACGGUCGAAAGUGCGCUUUCAGAGCCAGCCGCCGCGAGUAGGACACGGGCUUCGUCGAAAAUGGAUGAACUCAAACAUCAAGUCAUGAUUAACCAGUUCGUCCUGACGGCGGGUUGUGCGGCAGACCAGGCGAAGCAGCUUUUGCAAGCGGCACAUUGGCAGUUCGAGACUGCCCUCAGUGCCUUUUUUCAAGAAACAAAUAUUCCAUAUGGCCAUCAUCAUCAAAUGAUGUGCACCCCAGCCAACACACCAGCAACACCCCCCAACUUCCCAGAUGCAUUGACCAUGUUCUCCCGGCUGAAGGCGUCCGAGAGCUUCAACAGCAGCAGCGGCAGCCCCAUGGCCGCCUCCAUGGCCACCUCACCCCCACCCCCCCAGGUCGGCGGCUGGGGCGUCUCACCAAAUGUACCUAAUGUGCCGCAACCUCCACAGGGACUCUGGACUCAGGGGCAGCCCCCCACGCAGCCCUGCCCUGCCUGGCCCACGGGAGUGAACCCGCAUGCAGGCACUGAGCAGAAGGCUAGUGUAGCGAUGGAGGCGGAGAGAUGAAGGGCCGCACGGGACUGCAAAGGCCCCCCUACCCUGCUUUCCACCAGGGGCAGGGAGGUAAAUAGGGGGAUGAAUGUGGGAAGGGUGGGACGGGUGGGAGGCGAUAACGGGCAGAAAUGGGUUUGGGUCUUUUUCCCAAAAAACGGAUGAUACGGAAAGAGACAGAAUCUACGCAAACCAAGAAAAACUCAACGUGGACAAUUUAAGAAGAGGAGAAAACCAAUGCAAAUGUCAAUACAAAAAAGUAAAAAAAAGAUACGCACACACAUAGUAAUAAGAGAGCAACUGAAAUCUUUGUUAGUUUUUUCCUAAGUAAAUGCAUAGAUAAAAAGAAAUAUUAUUGAACUAAAAAACAAGAAAUGAAAAAAAAUUGUCACGCCCAAGGAUUCUAUGUGAUGUUCAAGGACAUUCAAGGCAGCAAACUUCAGUUUUUCAUUUAGUUUUUUUCUCUUUUUUUCAUUUUUUCAGCCAGUGUUUUUUAGCCACUGGCGUUCUGUGUUUCUGCAACAGUCUGUGCUGCAUGAGGAGAGAAGAACUUGCAAUGCAGUGUUUUAGAUUGACUCAAAAAUCAUCACGCACUUGAGUGUGAGUGUGGAUGCAUGUGAGCGGGUGGUCAGUUUGUAAUCAAAAAUGUAUACACACACAUGCAUAUAUACAUAUAUAUUCACACACACACAUACACAAUUACACACACAUUAGGGUUUAGAGGAAACACCUCCAUACUGUCAUCCCCAUCGUCAAAGGUGGGACUUUUCUUACCUCACCUGGUGGUCACCUGACUUCUUUCAGCCAAUCAGGGAUUCUUCUUAAACUAACUGUUGCCGCCGCAGGGCAUAUUUUUAAAGGUUUUUUCUUAAAGGCAGCAGCCACUCUGGCUUAUGCUAACUGAUCCUCACUGCAAAGGCUUUUCCUGACAGUUUUAAACCUGGACUCAGACUACAACUGUCCACUGUAUACUUUUUUUCUGGAGAUUUGGGUUAUUACAAAAAAAAUGAGAGAGAAAUCAUGGUUUAAUAUAUCAUUUCUAAUGCUAAUUGUUCUGUUCUUUUGUUGAAAGGUUGAGGGAGGUGGCUUUGAGGAUGGGUGGGUCUUCAGGUUUUUUUUGUGAGUUUUUUUUUUGUGGAAAGAGUGAAUCAAACGCAGCUAAAAUGGCUACCGAUUUAAAAACAAACACGACUACUCCAUCUUUGUAAACAGAAUUGCCACUUUGCAUGAUGUGUUCAUAACGUGUAACAUCUUUUGUAGCAAACAUACAUGAGGUUGAGACAUGUUUAGGGAGGGGGUGGACAUAAAGGUGAGGGUGGCGGGUUCCAAAGUUAAAAGAAAUGCAAUAUAUGUCUUGCUGUAAAGGCAAAAUUGGACAAAGUGUCUUAGAUAUGAGAAACAUGAGGAAAAAAAGACAGCUUCAGGAAGCCCACCUGUGGGCUAUUUGGGGACACUACAGAUUACUUUCAGAUAUACAGUAUAUAUAUAUUUACCCUCAGAUACUGUACUGUGGAGGGGUUUUUACAACAUUUAGGUUUCUAGUUUCGACCAGUCUUUGGUCCACUGAUACUGCUGAGGGACAGUUCAGGGAUGACCCUGAUAUACGGCAAUAUUUUAAAACGCAGGGUCUGCCCCUUUUUUAGUUAGUCCUGUUUGAAUUAUUUUUACACUCAUCGAAGAAGAGAAAAUAAAAAGAAAGUAUUUUGAAUAGCUGAGGGCUUUUUGUUUUUAAAAGGAUAAAAAGACGAGUAAAAACAGAUGAGAAAAUUAUGGAUAUAAUACUGAAAAAAAAUAACCAACUUCCUUUUUGUUAUUUAGACUAAACUAAUGUUUGAGUUCAUCCUUUCUCCAUGCUUCAUACUUUAAUGAAAUCAGAGCGUGUCUGGGUGGGCCUGUUCCUAAAAAUGGUUUCUCAUGUAUGUUUCCCCCCUUGUAUGACUGUAUGAGACCAUUCCCACAAUAUUUGUGGACUACCUGAUAAUUAACUUAUCAUUUUUGUGAACCUAAAUAAAUAUUGUAUGUCAACCUA